AUGUCAUAUCCCAUUCAAGUCAAGGGCUCCAAGCCGGUCCAGGCUUUCAGGCAUCCAGCAAUCACCCUUUCUUGGGAGGGAUCGAAAUACCUUCGCCUCAAGAUGCCGACGACCACAUAUCUCGAUAGGAACGAUCUUUCUCAGCUUCACGUUUGGUGUACUGAGAUUGACGUCGGCAACGGGAUACCUAAAGAUGAAGGUCUCAAGGUUCUUGAACCCAAAUCACGAGAUGAGAUGAAUGUGAUCGUCGAAGCGAACGAGUUGAUCAAGGGUGAGAUCAACAUUCCCAGUAGCGAAUACAGUCCCGGGAAUUGGCACACUGCGUGUUUUCUAGGACUUUUUUACCUCAACUUAUUCGACCAACAGGGCAAUGCCCCAGAUCUGUCAAGCAAAACAUUACUAGAGCGUACUAGCUCAUGGAAGGUUGACCAGAAGAGUAUUGAUCAGCACGUCGAUUCAUCAAAGAUCCACUGGCGAUCCGGUUUUACCUUACGAAGCCGUGACAAUUCCAUGCCAGAUAUACGAGCUUCGGUGCAUUCUGCGGAUGGGUGGGGCAAACCUGAGACGAGAAGAAUACCGGGAUCAUAA